CGGAAGAGCGCGUUCCCCAGGAGACGGCCCGAGGGGAGGGGGCUCCGCGCCGGCCUGAGGGCGCACUUUGGUCAAAAAGAAGAAAUAAUCACUAACAGCAGCAACACACAGAUUGUCUCUUCCACUCUGGCUAGGCAGGAGCAAUGGAGACUUCUGAUGGAGAAAGUUUGGGCGUAGCCUCCUCCACCACUUCUGAUGAGUUUGAUCUAGUUGUUGGAUAUCUGGAGGAUAUCAUAAUGGAUGAUGAUUUCCAGUUAAUACAGAGGAAUUUUUUGGAGAAGCACUACCAUGAGUUUGAUGACUCAGAAGAAAACAAGCUCAUCUAUACUGACAUUUUUAAUGAAUAUAUCUCUUUAAUAGAGAAAUACAUUGAAGAGAAGUUGCUUGAUCGGAUUCGUGGGUUUGAUAUGGUUGCUUUCACAGUGUCAUUGCARCAACACAAAGAUGAAAUGCCAGGUGAUAUAUUUGAUCUGCUUCUCACAUUUACAGACUUUCUGGCUUUCAAAGAAAUGUUCUUGGAAUACAGAGCGGAAAAAGAAGGUCGAAGUUUGGAUUUAAGCAGUGCAUUAGUGGUGACUUCAUUAAACCAUUAAACAAGUCAUUCUGAAGGGAGUUCUGUUGUAUUUCAAGCCAGGUCUACUCAAAUUUUGGAGSUGAAAGGCAGYGAUUCCCRAGAGACUGAGGGGAC